UGGUGGCUUGAAAUUCGGGGCACAAUAAGAGUUGGUGUUCUGUCACCUCGGACAUCCUAUGUAGCUUACCUUGUUUACAAGUUGAAUAAUGAAUAUGGACAAACAGUUGUAUUUCUAGAGCCGGAAGGUAGACCUCAAUCGAAUGAUGAUUAUGAGGAGUCAGUGUAUGCUCUAUCAUCUGAUGCAGAGGAUGAUACCGGCCUACAUGAUGAUGAUGAUGAGGAGCCCGAGCAACCAGAUGAUGAUUAUGAGGAGGCGAUGCAUACUCUACCAUCUGAUGCAGAGGAUGAUACGGGCCUACAUGAUGAUGAGCCCAAGCAACCAGAUGAUGAUUAUGAGGAGGCAGUUUACAUUCUGCCUACUUAUGGAGAGGAAGAUCUUGUGGAAGACCAGCAUUUGCCGGAGGAUGCUUCUAGUCUGGUGCAAUCUAAUAUUCGAUGCCCUCAACUUAGAGAUGAUGGCUGGUUUGAGAUAGAAUUGGGUGAAUUUUAUAUUGAAAAUGAAGAUGAUUGCAUAGAAAUGAGUUUUAAAGAGGUGAAGGACUGUGUAUCCUCAAAGGAAGGCCUUAUUGUUGAAGGAAUUAAGAUUAGGCCAAGAAUGG